GGUCAGAAACUGGACGAGAGAGGAAAUUAACUCCGGGACGAGACGAGAGAAAAAAAAAGAAAAGAAAAGAAAAAAAAGGACAAAACGAAAACGCGACCCGCCUCUACACCGAGAUGUAGCCUGUGUUUUUGACGCUGAAAAAGAGGGCUUCUAAAAGCGGCGGCGGGGGGGGUCGACGUGAGACGAGGAACCAAGUGGAGAGAGAGAGAGAGAGAGAGAAAACAGGUGCCUACAAAGUAACCAAAGUGAGACCACGACGGAGCGUAUUUCCCAUGUUCGUCGCGACGUGACGGACGUUAGCUCGGAGACGCUGUUUACAGCCGGAGGUUCGCUGUUUCCUCGCCUGUGAGUUUCGCCUCGCUCGCGUUUGACGGGGGAUUUUAGUCCAGGACUGUCCCACCGUAAGCAAUCUGUUGCAUCCCCCCCCUCCCCUCCCUCCCUUCCUCCUCCUCUCCUCCCCGCUGUUUGUUUAUCGCACGGGUACGGGAUUUGGUUCCCACCUCCCCCGUGAUGUUUCACUGUAUACCCCUGUGGCGGUGCAACCGUCAUGUUGAGAUGAUCGAUAAACGCCACUGCUCGCUGCUGUAUGUGCCCGAUGAGAUUUAUCGCUACGGACGGAGUUUGGAGGAGCUGCUGCUGGAUGCCAACCAACUCCGGGACUUGCCCAAGCCAUUUUUCCAGCUGGUGAAAUUAAGAAAACUUGGCCUGAGUGACAAUGAGAUCCAGAGACUUCCACCAGAAAUAGCCAACUUCAUGCAGCUGGUAGAACUGGAUGUCUCUCGAAAUGAUAUUAUGGAAAUUCCAGAGAGCAUUUCAUACUGCAAAGCCCUCCAAGUGGCAGAUUUCAGUGGAAAUCCAUUAACAAGGUUACCUGAAAGCUUUCCAGAGCUGCGGAAUCUAACAUGCCUCUCCAUCAAUGAUAUUUCGUUGCAAGUUCUUCCAGAUAACAUUGGAAACCUCUCCAAUUUGGUAUCACUGGAGCUCAGAGAAAAUCUGCUGACAUUCCUACCAGAGUCACUAUCUCUGCUUCAUAGACUUGAAGAACUCGACCUAGGAAAUAAUGAACUAUACAGCCUGCCGGAGUCAAUAGGCUGUCUUGUCAGCUUAAAGGACUUGUGGCUGGAUGGAAACCAACUGGCUGAAAUACCUGCAGAGAUGGGCAGUAUGAAAAGCCUGUUGUGUCUGGAUGUGUCAGAAAACAAACUGGGGCACCUUCCUGAGGAGUUAGGAGGCCUGCUGUCACUAACUGACCUGCUGGUGUCUCAGAACCUCAUUGAUGCUCUACCCGCAAGCAUUGGAAAACUACGGAAACUUUCUAUAUUGAAAGCUGAUCAGAAUAAACUAACGUAUCUUCCAGAGAGCAUUGGCAACUGUGAAAGUCUUACUGAACUUGUGCUCACAGAGAACCACCUGCAGAGUUUGCCUAGGAGUAUUGGGAAAUUGAAGCGACUUUCCAACUUCAACUGUGACAGAAACCAGCUAAUGUCGUUGCCCAAGGAGAUCGGGGGCUGUAGCGGCCUGAAUGUCUUCUGUGUACGAGAAAACAGACUGACGAGGAUACCGUCAGAGCUGUCGCAAGCCACCGAGCUGCAUGUGUUCGAUGUCUCUGGAAACAGGCUCACCCACUUACCAAUGUCACUGACCACACUUCGACUGAAAGCCUUGUGGUUGUCAGAAAACCAGUCGCAGCCCCUCCUCACCUUUCAGACCGACGAGGAUCCCGACUCAGGCGAAAAGGUGCUCACCUGCGUGCUGUUGCCUCAACAGCCAUUUGAAUCAGACAAUAAAGGCUCUGAUAAACUUGCCCGCUUUGGAGCCCUGGAGAGCCUGGUAAAUGACAUGGCAGACGACACGUGGGACAACAAAGCCAUGAACAGGAUCAGUGCCAUUCACUUCCUGGAUGAGGACGAUGAGGAGGAUGAUGACAAGGGAACCCUACUUCGGCGGGCCACGCCUCACCCCGGUGAGCUGAAAACGAUGAAGAAAGCAGUCGAGAACCUCCGUAAUGACCUGAAUGCUGCCAAAGGCCUGGACUCCAACAAAAAUGAGGUCAAUAACGCUGCAGACAGAGUGACCACGUCUGUCUGACCUUUACCUCAGAAAUGUUUUUUACCUCCCAUGUCUCGCCAUGUUGUCCUGCACAACCCCCGCAGCCCCCCAUCCCUUUUUUCUUUUACCUACAAACCCUGGUGUGGCCUACCCCUCCUCUGAUUAAACCCUGGGACGCCUGUAACCUUACUCCAUCUCCAGUCCUGUGUAAAACGUGUUUGACUCAGUCUACCAGGGCCGCUGUGCCUUCCUCUUUUUAAUUAACGUCCACAGCAGUAAUCUGCACAGAAAUGCUCCUUUUAAAAGAUAUUUUAAAGAUUUAUUACUUUUUUAAAUGCCUCUUUUUAAAAAUAUAUGUUAGGUUGUUGCACUAUUAUACAGUAAGUCUUGAUAAUAUGGUCAAACCUCUUAAAUGUGUUAUAUAUUUGUUCUAUAUCUAUUUUUAAAACACUGGGUGAAUACUUCUUUUUACAUUUUGGGCAAACAUAAAAGCAGGAGUUUUUGGACCUACUGAUUAAGGAUUAUUGUAUAGUCUCUUGUGAAUAUUGAUACUUUUAUACUUUUUGGCAGCUCAGAUGUAAAUAAAAAUGUAUAGUAAAUUUUCUUAA